UUUUUCUUUGCUUUACAAAAAUGCCGGCUGUUGAAUUCACAUUCAGAGGACUAGUAGUUCCGGUUUUUACACCUUUUAACGAUGACGAUGGACAGACCAUAAAUCUAUCAAUCAUUCCACGAUAUGCGGACUACCUCGCAAAAAAAGGCAUUACGGCUAUACUUGUCGGUAGUUCGACUGGAGAAGGAACAUCGACAACCAUGGAAGAAAGAAAAGCUAUCACUGAAGAAUGGGUAAAAGCUGUAAAAUUGACAAAACAACAUUUAAUGGUUCAAGUUGGAGGUGCUCCACUUCCACAUGUUUUAGAAUUGGCCAAACAUGCCGAGAGUUUGAAAGUCAAUUCUAUAAUGUGUCAACCAGAUUUAUAUUUUAAGCCUUCGAACGCUGAGGAACUAAUAAGCUAUUUGAAGAUGGUCUCAGAUGUAGCUCCAAAUACACCUCUCUUAUAUUACCAUAAUCCACCAUUCACUCAUGUACACAUAAACAUGGGACAAUUUUUGGAAUUGGUUGGUGAUAGAAUCCCGACUUUUGUUGGUAUCAAAUAUUAUGGUAAUAACAUUGAAGAAGCUUUUGAAGCAUCUCGAGCUGAUAAUGGACGUUUCGUAGUUUUCUUGGGCAAUGAUGAGUUAAUCUUAUCAUCUUGUGUGAUGGGAUUGGAAUCAUUUAUACUAACUGGUGCAAAUAUAUUCCCAGAACUUGUUUUAUCAGUGAUCGAUUCAUGGAAAAAAAGAGAUUUUGAAGCAGCAAGAAAAAAGCAAGUACUCUAUACAAAAGGCUACGCCAUCAUGGAAAAAUAUGGUUUGUGGCUCCAGACAAUGAAAUAUGCCAUGCGAUUUGUUGCUUCAUUAAAUGUUGGAUGUCCCCGUUUACCUGUGAAAUAUCUUUCAUCAGAAAAGGAAACAAUGAUGAACAAUGAAUUGUUAUCACAAAUUCUGAAAAAUAUAUAAUUUCUGUAAAAUUAUAAGAACCUCAUUUUGUAACAAUUUUAGUUGCUA